CAAUGGAGGUAUCAUUGUAAUUGGAUGCAGUGUCACUCUAUUGUUCGCCUUGUUUGAACGACCACUGCAGGCUCCAGUGCUUCUUCCUUUUUAGUGCCUAGAUCCGAGUAUUGUUUUGUAAAUAUCAUCCAUUCGUGCCGGCUUUUCGAUGAGUACUCUUGGAAAAGGAAUAAAUGCUUGGUUGUGAUACUGCAUAGUAGUGCAAUUGGUUGUCGUUUGUGUCCUGAUUCAACGAAGUGGAAGUAGAAAGGAUAUGUGUCCUGACGGGAUGCGUAGAUAGGAUUGAGAGUUUCAAUUCUGUUUAUAUGUAACCCUCGACUAUCAGCUCCAUUUUCCUGUUGACGUUGAUUUUACCAAUUUUCUGAUAUGGAGUAUAUUUUUGAUUGCUUUUUCGAGGAUACCUUUCUCAAAAUAAAACGGAGUGGAUUGCAUGAUCGUCACUCCAGGCGUGAUGUGAUUGAUCACUUGAAUGCUGUUAUUGGUGGAUGCAGUGACGGUUGGCCAAAACGUACGUCCGGAUGAGGUGGCUCGACUUGCUGUCCUUUCCGCUAUAAAAUACCAUCGUGAAAACAAACAAGAAAAUGGCGAGAUAUGUUUGAUGGGCAAAUACCACAACAUUCUGUACAUUGCAUUGCGAAUCUGUUGGGAGUGGGGUGUGCGAGAUUCAGCCGUUGUUAAUGUAUUACUCGAGGAAAUCUAUUCCUGUGAGAAGACUUUCGAGAGAUUAUUUUUGGGAGCUCUGUUUGGUCCGAAUGCACCGCAUUUCAUAGCAGGAUGGCGAAGCGAUUUCAGGGACCAGGACGAAAAUACUCGAGCUCUUGUUUAUUUUAUUGAUCAUGCUACAACUCUGGGGUUGGAAUUUCAAGUGACGGUGAACAAAUUCGAACCAUCUAAGAUGAUAAAAUUCAUCGAUGUCCCCAUUGAAUCAUGUGGGAAAUCAUCGCCAUUGCGUGUAGCCCUUCAAGCCACCGCUCCAGACCUUUUGAUGAUAUUACUAAGGUACGGCGCAGAUCCGGCUCCUCCAGAUGGAGGGUCCUGCCCCGUCAUUGCUUUGUUGGAUAAGCUCAUGGAGAAGGAAAGACGUUAUACAUAUCAACUCGUAUCUUGCCUUCAGAUUUUGCUAAGGAACAUUACCACAAUUGAAAUGCCUUACAAGCCACAUGUAUAUCUUGAACGUAAGAAUCGGUUCAUGGAAAAAUAUGGCGUCUUGUUUCUGGAUAACAUUCUCAAUAUGGAUCAGGUGUUUGGGGUGAUGCCGUUGAAACAUUUAUGCCGCUCUUCACUAGGUAACUCGGGCAAUAAUGCAUACGCAGCAACGACCAACUAUAUCCUGACAUACAACCUCAACGAAAUCUGCAAUUUAAUUGUAUCUCGGCGAACGUUCCUUCGGUAGCAGCUACGAGUGGCAUUAACAGGCGAUAAUCAUCAGGUGUGAAGCACAACCAACAAAAUCAGGACAAUAACCGUGUCCCAUCGGAACAUCACCCACAACUUUAAAAAGGAGAUUGUGUCUAAGAAGCUUCCAGAUCCAGCCUGUGUUGAGCGACGAUAGCAGUUCAGCUGAUGAUCCGCAACCUCAACCCGACGACUCUUCAUUUUGAGACCAUUUCCAGUUCUUCGUCUUAAUUUAGUGAGUUUCAAUAGAGCGUGUCCUUUGCCAGGCAACAGCUGUGCAGAUAUAAUAGUCUGACAUUUACGUUAUGAUCUGUUUAUAAACAUAUACAUGCAUGUGUGAUGUUUUUAAUAAAUUUUUGCCAAUAAAACGAUAUUUACACUUGAAUUUUGUGUCU